AUGGAGCAGAACAAGGGAGUGUUUCAGGGGCAAACUCUGGCUAAAGCUUCUCCAUGUGAAGCUGAACUUCAGGAGUUAAUGCAUCAAAUUGAUAUCAUGGUAAACAGCAAGAAAAUGGAAUGGGAAAGGAAGAUGCGAGCUUUGGAGGCAAAGAUGGAUAUCCGGGAUCAGGAACUAGCAAAUGCCCAAAGUAAAUUGGAUCAAAAAGGUCAAGAGGUGGGACGACUUCAACAGAAGCUGGAAAACUUACAGAAAGCUAAAUCAGAAAUGGUUCAGAAUUAUGAGAUCCAGCUUCAAGCAUUGAAAUCUCAAUUCUUGAAGUUGAUACAUAGUUAUGAAAAGCUACAGUUACACCAGUUAAAACAAAAAAAGGUUCAAAGUGGAGAAAAAUGUGUGCAAGGCCUAGAGAUGCCAUUCGAACUGAGCAAUGUAACCAAGAAACUAGAGGAAUUUGAAGCAAAAUCAAGAGAAUGGGAUAAGAAGGGGACAAUCUACCAAAAUCAUCUAGUUUAUUUAGAUGCUCAACAAAAAUUACUGUCAGAGAAAUACAAUUUAUUUCAGAAACAGACUCAGAAUUAUCAGUUCCAAAUAAGCAGUAAGAAACAAAACCAGGAAGAUGUAAUCACCACCGCCCAGCCCAAAAAUGCAAAGGAUGAGUUAAUUAUUGAAAAGCUAAAGGCAACCGUGAAUGAAAUAGCAAUAAACAGGAAUAAGCUUGAAGAGGAAAACCUAAAGCUCCAGGAGGAUCUAAAAAUGUACCAAAAACAAUGCCAGAACAUGGAGGCAGGCUUUUCAGAGAUGAAAAAUGAGCUGCAGUCACGGGAUGCCCUCUGGAGAGGGAUCCAGCUGGAAUGCCAACAGCUGCAUACAGAAUUAUUGAAGAUCAGAGAGCACAAAGAUAUGCGGGAAAUUCAAAUAAAGCAUCAAUCACCUUGUGUACAAUUUACUGAGCAACCAGAAAAUAAAAAUGAUGAGUUUUUAGCAUCAGUAGAAAGUCAAGAAAGCCAACGAGAAGAGCAAAACAAGAUAAGAGACCAUCUUUAUCAAGAGGAGCAGUCCCAUUGCUCUGAGCAGGAAAGAAUGAGGACAGAAAUCUCUGACCUGACAGAAGAGCUUCAUCAGAAGGAGAUCACUAUAGCAACUAUCAUGGAGAAAGCCAGUCUUCUGGAAAGACAGUUAAAAAUGGAGUUAGAGAUAAAAGACAAAUUGUUAGCAAAACAACAGUUGUUGGAUUUCAGAUACAAAGCUGUCAAAUGUGAAAAUACACAUCUAAAAGAGAUGAUGGAAAACCAGGAGUGUAAAAGACACAUGAGUAUAGAUUUAUCUAAUCAAAAACAUGGAAGUUACACAGCUCCCAUUUACAAACUGGGUCAUGAGAAUAUAAGAUUACGAAAUAGUCUCAUUAAACUACGAAAUAACACAGAAGCAUCAAUACUGGAUGCCAUGGAUACAUACAAGGAAACAGAGCACAGCUACCAAACUCAUUCAAAGAUGCAAGAAAAGGAAGAGAGAGGCCAUGACCAGGAACUAGAUGGAAAAUCUCCAGCACCACCAGCGGGAUAUCCUUUGUGCUCUGAUGGGCUGCCUCCUGAAGAAGGUAGAACAGGCAUUUUACUGGGCCAUGCUUACAGCACAGAAGAUAGCAACUUAUCACCUCCUCCUGAGAUGUCCCUCCUUGCAAGAACAGAAAAGUUCCUUCAAGAGGAAGAGAAGCACACCAAAGAAUUUGAAGACCGUUUAAACUCACACAUUGAAGAACUGCAAAGACAUUCUGAAAAUACUCUAAGAAAAUAUUCCAGGUUAAAGCAGAACAGACACAUUUAA